AUGGCAGUGAAAGAGAAAAGCUCGCCCUCGCCCUUCCUCAACGACCAGCUCUCGAAGCGCACAUUCAUCUUCGGGCUCCGUCUGUGGGUCAUCGUGGGGAUCUGCAUCGGCGCCGGCUUCGUGCUGAUCCUCUUCCUCAUCUCACUAUGCAUUGUCCACAAGCGCAAUCGGAACCGCCGCCGCCGCCGCCGCCGCGGCGAGUACCUCCCGGAGGGAUUCCACAAGCCCACCUCCCCUGUCGUCACCAAGGAGACUCAAGAAAUCCGGGUCGACCCAUUCCGUUCCGGCGAUCCCAAGGUCCCCCUCGCCGGUUCCCAUCCUAAGGAACAGGCGGCGGCGCUUUCCCCAGUACAAGGGGAGAAGGCCGUGGGACUCCACGGGAUCCACAUCGAGCUCGGGAAGGUCCACCGCGUCACCUACCCUGAACGCGGGACCGGCGGCGGCGGGUCGUCGAAUGGAAGCGGGGAGCACAGGCCGACCGAUCAGGCGGCGGUCCCCAUCCCCGAGGUGUCUCAUUUAGGAUGGGGGCACUGGUACACCCUCCGGGAGCUCGAGGAGGCAACCGGCGGAUUCUCCGACGAGAACGUCAUUGGCCAGGGGGGGUACGGCAUCGUCUACCAUGGAAUUCUCCAGGACAACAGCCAGAUCGCCGUGAAGAACUUGCUCAACAACAAGUAAACCCCUUCCGUCGCAUCCCCCCGAGAAAUCUACCCUUCGAUCCUCUGCUCACGAUCGAUUCGAUCCUUCCUCCUCUGACUUUCAGGGGGCAAGCCGAGAGGGAAUUCAAGGUCGAAGUGGAGGCGAUCGGGCGAGUCCGGCACAAGAACCUGGUGAGGCUACUCGGAUACUGCGCCGAAGGAGCUCACAGGUAUUGCCCAUCCCCUACCUUAUUCGGCAGAUCAUCGUCUUCCUUCCUUCACGGGCGAACAACAAGAUCUCAUCUUGCGCCAUUCCCCCGGCAGGAUGCUCGUCUACGAGUACGUGGAUAACGGGAACUUAGAGCAGUGGCUCCACGGCGACGUCGGCCCCAGCAGCCCCCUCUCGUGGGACGUCCGCAUGAACAUCAUCCUCGGAACGGCGAAAGGGUGAGUCUCCGGCGAACGAACUCGCCCCCUUCCUUCCUUCCUUCUCCGUCGGCCAUGAACGAGCCUCCCCCUGUUGCAGGCUAAUGUACCUGCACGAAGCCCUCGAGCCCAAGGUCGUCCACCGCGACGUGAAGUCCAGCAACAUCCUGCUCGACAAGCAGUGGACUCCCAAGGUCUCCGACUUCGGCCUCGCCAAGCUCCUCGGCUCGGAGAGGACCUACGUGACGACCCGUGUCAUGGGCACCUUCGGGUGAGUCCCCCGGGAAAAACUCCUCCCCUCCCCUCCUCGGAGGCUCCUCGCUGCCACCGCUGACCACAUCCCUCUGGUUCUCCGGCAGCUACGUGGCCCCCGAGUACGCCAGCACGGGGAUGCUGAACGAGAGGAGCGACGUCUUCAGCUUCGGCAUCCUGAUAAUGGAGAUCAUAUCGGGCCGGAAGCCCGUUGACUACAGCCGCCCCCCCGGCGAGGUCUCCAAUCAUUUUCAUCAUCAUCAUCAUCUUCUCCAUUUUCGGCCUCGUCCUUCCCCGCGGUUCCUUCCUCAACCCUGUCGCCCCUGACGGUCGUUUUUUAGGUUAACCUGGUGGACUGGCUGAAGACGAUGGUGAGCAACCGGAACUCCGAGGGCGUCCUGGAUCCCAAGAUGAGCGAUGGGCCCUCUUCCAGAGCCCUGAAGAGGACCCUCCUGGUGGCGCUCCGCUGCGUUGACCCCGACUCCCUGAAGCGGCCGAAGAUGGGGCAGGUCAUCCACAUGCUCGAGGUCGACGACUUCCCCUACCGCGACGUGAGUACCAGCUCCCCUCUGGUUCUCUCUCUCUCUCUCUCUCUCUCUCUCUGCCUGCAUGAUCCAAGCUUCUGCCUCCAAUUAUCCAGGAGCGGAGAGCCGGGCACGAGCCAGCGGCGGCGGGGCAUGACAGCCCGAACGUGAGGGUGAGGCUCUCGGAGAAACCGCCCGCCAUGGAAGCCGGCGACGGCAGCGCCGACUCCGGGAGCGCCGCCAGGUGGCAAAGAAGAGACAACUGA